AUGUUGCAUAUAAACAAAGAAAAGCACAUCGAGGCGUGCAAAGCAUACGGAAAUGAAGUACUGAAUUACUCUGUUGCCGAAGUUCACUGGCAGCUAACGCACCGCCGUACCUGUCAACCGGACGGGGACCAAAAGAUAGCAGAAGGCAAUUGCGGCUGCCCUCCUCGACCGACCUUGAGCGCUCCUAAGCCGGUUCUUGGGAGCUGCAUGACCGAUGAAGGCGAGGUGUAUUCACUUUCCAAGCUGCUGAAGAACGACUUGCACUGGUGCCCGGAUAAAGAAAGUGGUGAUGUUGCUGCGUAUUAA